AUGACCGGAACCGGCACUGGCAUGACCGGCGGACGCCACCACGCCAUGGGCCCCACCGACGCCGGGACGGGCGCGAGCACCAUGACCGGCACGCGCGACGGCGCCGUCGGGACCGGUGGCGGCCUCACGGGCCGCACCAACAACCCGAUGACUGGCGGCAACGAGUUCCGCAGCGACGGCGGCAUGAGCGGGCGCCACCACGGCGCGACCGGGACCGACGUCAACACGGGCAACUUCCCGCCCGCCGGUGCGAUGAACAACACGAACCCGACCGGGCACACCGGCGGCGGGGGGAUGAAGAACCUCGAGGGCAAGGUCGAGAAGGCGCUCGGGACGAUCACGGGCUCAGCGACGCUCAAGGCCAAGGGUAUCGAAAAGCAGCAGGAGGCUGCCGCGGUGAAGAUGCAGAACACUCACCUCACGGAGGCGGAGCGCCUCGAACAGCAAGCCGCUGCGCAUCGCGAGCGCGCCGUGGUCGGUAGCGCCCAUCCCGAGCAGCGCCAUGUCGGAGGCGUACGCCCCUCGGGUAUGAACAGCGCCGCGCCUGGUACCCAGAUGGUCAACCAGCCCGGCACCGGCGGUAUUGGUGGCAACCCCAUCUUACCCGGAGGAGACGCCGCCCAGGGUAGCGCGUACUGA